CCGAGGUGGAAGGCUGGGCACAGAGCCAGGCUCUGGGAGAGGUCAGCUGAUCUCUGACAGGUCAUGUGACUGAGAGGAAGAGCAGGAAGUAGGAAGAGAUUUGAACAGUUAUAUAAUGAGAUAAACAGGCAGAUAGUGUCAGAUCUCUAGCAAUGAUACCCAGAGCCUCACAGUGUAUCCAUCUCUGCACAGGGAGGGAGGGCAUGCAGACAGCAGGCUGGUGCCAGGACUGUGCCAAGCUGGGAGAGACUAACAUGCCCAGGAAACCCCUCAUUACCUGCUGGAGGAAGAAGACCCCCUCCUGGAUGUACCAGUCAUUGGCACUGUGUGCCCUGCUGGCUGUGGGAUGGUGUGCACCUUUUAACCAGGUCUCCCCCGUGGUAACCAUGGAGCAGUUACUAUGGGUCAGUGGACGCGUGAUUGGUAACGUAGACACGUUCCGUAUUCCAUUAAUUACCUACACCCCUCGUGGGCACCUCCUGGCAUUCUCUGAGGCACGAAAGUAUUCGUCUUCUGAUCUGGGUGCAAAAUUCAUCGCUACACGCCGUUCAAAGGAUGGAGGCUACACUUGGAGUGCAACGUCCUUCAUUGUGGAUGAUGGAUCUUCACCCGAUGGCCUCAAUUUGGGGGCUGUGGUUGUGGACGAUGAGAAAAAGAACAUGUUUUUGAUCUACACACUUUGUGCCCACUACCACCACUGCUCCACCUCAAGCGUCAUGAUUACAAACAGCUCGGAUGAUGGUCUAACGUGGAGCACCCCCAAAAACCUCUCUCGGGAGAUUGGAACCACCAUGUUUGCACCUGGGCCAGGGUAUGGAGUCCAGAAAAGGUUUUCACCCAAGAAAGGACGUCUGAUUGUAUGUGGUCACGGGACGCUAAAUGAAGAUGGUAUUUUCUGUCUGCUCAGUGAUGACCAUGGGCUUCACUGGAAAAAGGGUGGAAGCUUGCAAGGGCUACCCUUUAAUCAACCAAAAAAGAUGGGCGACUUCAACCCAGACGAGUGUCAGCCAUACGAACUCCCAGAUGGCUCUGUGAUAAUUAACGCUCGGAACCAGUACUACUAUCAUUGCCGCUGCCGGAUUGUGGUGACAUCCAUCGAUGGCUGCGAUUCCCUUCCUCUGGAGAGCGUUCGCUUUGAUGAGGGUCUGCCGGAUCCUGCUGUGGCCGCAGGAGCUCUAUAUAAAAGAGGAGUGGUCUAUUUUACGAAUCCAGCGAAUCAGUUGAACCGUGUUAAUCUGACCCUGCGAUGGAGCUUUGACUCUGGAGACUCGUGGGAAAAAAACGCUGUCCAAAUCUGGCCGGGUCCCAGUGGAUACUCGUCUCUCACCUCCCUCUUUGGCCAUGCGGAAGACAAUGAAAACAUUUAUGUUGUCUAUGAAAAGGGCAGAAAGGAUAUAACCGAGUCCAUCGCGGUUGUGAAAAUAAACCUUUUUGGGAAUUUAUGACACUUGAUACACUCCAAACCUCUGCGUUCUAUCUAAGCCUGACUGGAAUUAGCUGAUUUAUUUCUCAAAAGUCUCUCCCAUGUCAACUGUCUAUCCAUAUCUCAUACUGUCUCUUCAUAAGAGAAUAUGUUGAGCUGUUAUAGCUCCUACUGUUUAUAUUUAUAGUGUAAUCCCAUUCUUAUUAUCAAUCUUCUCUAAGCCCCCCUCCUUCUCAUUCUCUAUUCAUGGACUAACUUUGGCAUGUGAUUAAAGACUUUCCAAAACAAAA